UGACAGGUGGUCCCAGUCUUGUAGAGAAUUCCUGUUACACUCACCUGUUCUUCGCGAGACAAAUCCCCAUCGCCGCCGCCGGCUCCGCCCUCGUGUAGGUCGUUGCGCGGUGACGGCCACGCCCGGCUGGAGAGAUCGAGGAGAUAAGGAGGCCGCCGUGUGUAGCCACCGUCGCAACUCCGGUAGUCCGCAAUCACCUCGGGCGGCGAACUAGUCCCGUCAUCCGUCCUGUAGGUGCGCGUCGCCGCCGGCACGGCAGACCAGGCAGAGGCCCUCCGGUUGAGCCCGUUUCCUUUCUCCCAGUGUGAAUUGUGGAAGGAAGCUCCAUGCUACUGAUGCAAAAUAGCUAAUUCGACUCCUGAUUGAAACAGACAUUUGUCCCAGUCGUCUUAAAGCGGAGCAUACAAUCAACAAAGUGAGAUGGCGGAACCAUCAUCAUCACAUUCAUCAUCUCAUGGGAAAAGGAAGCGAGCAUGCUCUCCUAAUGACAGUGCCAGUAGUUCACCAGGCAGAACCAAAAACAGCACAAGCCUUGAGGACAACCUUAUAUUCACUGAUACGUUGAUAGCUCUACAAUUGAUGCGCGCACAAUUCCCAAAGCUAGAGAAGGUUGUGACACAGCCAUUCAUUUUGCAAUCCCAAUUGUAUAGCAGCGUGAAGGACAGGACUCAAGUUGAUAGAGAUUUGGAGUCACUGAAGAAAGACAGAGUACUCCGAUUAUUCAAACUCAGUACUGGUCAGGAUGACCAUGCUAUCAUGUUCAUGGAUGAUUAUCUGAGACAGAUGGAGUUUGCUAUCAGGAGGUCAACGGGUAAAAAACAAGAUGGUAGUGCAGUGUUUGAGUGGUUUGAGAAAUAUGUUCUGCAUUCGAAAUUGGAUGUUAGCAUAAAUCACCUAGAGCUGUGUUCACUGUUAUCAUGUGGGGGUGAUGCAAAAGAUAAACAUAUCACAGUAUUGAUGAAUGCUGGCCUCCUAACACGCCAGCUAAUAGAUCCAAACAUGUACUGGUUUUCUAUUCCAAGUAUUGGUCCAAUCUUGAAAGGCCUAUCCCAGGGGAGGAAGGAAGUUCUUUCAUUACUGAACCGUCGGAAGUACAAGGAGAUGCUAGUGUCUUCCCUGGAGAAGACGAGGUUGAGGUCAUCGCCUCUAGACGUGCGGUUCCACCUCCGCGAUCUUAUCGGGUCUGGUCACAUAAAGACGGUUCAGACACCCACCGGCUUACUUGCUCGUGUAUCAACAGAUUGAUAAUCAAACAGUUUUGGAUCAAUUAAUCUUAGUUUCUCUUCCUUGCUGGGUACUACCCAGCUUUUGUGCUUCUGAUUAUGUUUUAUGUUAUGGCGAUUUUGGCUUCUUUUGA